AUGCGUGACGUUUCCAUGAGAGAUAAACGCCGCGUAGUGCAACAACAUUGAGUAUUCCCGAUAACAAGAAAUUAUCACCGAAUCAAUUCACCGGUGGAAGAAGAAUUAACAACACGCCAAUGUCGAUGUUGACGACGCGUGGGCGCGUGCUACCCUUUUCAGAGAAGGAGAGAACAGAAGAGGAGACCGGAACACUGGAAUCGAGUCUCCUGCAGCUGAUCGAAGACAACCGUCGAUCGUCGUUACAGCUCCGUGAAAAGACAGAGAGAUCGAGGAAGGAGGCGAUCAGACACGCGGCGAGGACGGCGGAUCUGCUGGUGAAGGCGGUGAACGGAGGAGUGGAGGAGUGUUUCGUCAACGAGAAACGGAUUGAGGCGGAGAUAAGAUCUCUGGCGGUUACGGUGGCUCGAUUCGGCAAACAGACGGAUCAGUGGCUUGCAGCAACUCACGCCGUUAAUAGCGCCGUCAAGGAGAUUGGAGAUUUUGAGAAUUGGAUGAAGACGAUGGAGUUUGAUUGCAAGAAAAUAACUGCUGCGAUUCGGAAUAUUCACGAAGAUCAAUAAGAACAGCUGUUCUGUCUGAGAGUAGUAGUGCCGAGAAUUCGAUCGAAGUCGUCAAACCAAGAUCAUGAACAACAUUUUGAUCUGUUUGAAUAUGCUAUCUACUGUUUCUUAAAACAAGUUCUUUCCAAAGUGUACAGAGAUCAUGUUGACAUUUGCUUCCUUGAGCUCUUUUACGUUCAGUCUCGUUGUUUUGUUUUACGUAUUCUUACUCUCACUUUCUCGGCGUGCUGUUGAGGCAAACCUAAAUACGUUUAACCGUUGUACUCUAAGCCUUUGUCAGUUGCCCAUCUCCUAGAGAAGACGCAUUUGAGAUUUCCCUGGAAGAAUGGGAGAUUAGGGUGAAAGCUGAGUGGUGUGGUCAAGUUCUCAAUAUUACAAACAGUUUUUAGUGAAUGGUAACUCCAGAUUCAGAUUUUGUGCCUAUAAGGGCAUCUAGUUGAUGUGUUCUACAUCUUUUGUUUCUAUGCAGCUAGCUAAAGAUUUUGGACCCGGUUAUGGUGUGCUAAUGUUUG